UCUUUAAAUAUCCUAAAUAUAAAUAAGCAAAGCAAAAGAAAAUAUUGAGGUGUACUCAUGUAGUUGUACUCAAGUUCACAUGAUGAAAUUAAGAACACAAACAUGCUUGUAAUAAGAAUCAGCAGAAUUUUAAAUAUCAAAUUCUAUCAGACCGACUAAUCGGUAAUAACAUUUGUUGGCAACGAUUUUGAUAAUCGAUUAGAUCGAUUAGUUGUUGCAGCCCUACAGUGAUUUGUGAGUUUUUUCUGUUCCAGGAGAAGGGUACACGAUUAGGAAUAGGUUUGUAUAUAUGAGUGGAUGUGCAGGUCAACAUCUAAUGAUUUGUGUCUAGUCUGCAACAGUAAUCUGUGGUCAGGGAGCUUUGGGGACUAAGAGGUGAGGUAGCAAAGUCACAUCGUCUAAUUUCUGUCCUGGCCACGUGGCUAUAUAGUACGCACUAAUGAAGUCCUCCUAAGAGCACAGUUUCCCUGUCGUCAACAUCUCCAAAGACUAUGUGUCCGUGAUUUCGCAGGCUACUAGAUACCACUUGGUGUCUUGUGUUGUGUAACCACGAGGAACCGGUGUGAGAAUGUGUGUGGGUGUGUAUAUGUAGAUCAUUGGUCCUCCUAGAGGCCUCUUGAUGGAGAAUCACUUUCUAGUCUUCCUGUCAAAGUCCCGUCUUCUCCAGCUCAGUGCUCAGCUCUGGCACUCUCCUACAGCUGGUGUGCAUCCACGAGGCUCUCUGACUGACCUUUACCACAGAGCGAGUGAUGAAAAGGAUCUAGAAUGGCCCAACCACCAUGGGUUGUUCCACCUGGUUCUGCGGAAAACCUUGAUCAUGACUCACUCUCCAGGCUUCAGAUCAUGCAGUAGUGAUCUGGAAUAUGUGACAUUUGGAAUAUCUAGUACUACAGUGUUAUAGUGAAGCCACCGCUGGGUGGACAGGUGUGAGGCCUUCUGUUCAAGCAUGAGUAAUGACACUUCAUGUGGAACCAAGAGGGUCAAUUCUGUGUAACCUACCAGGUCUCUGGAUGCCACCACAGCUUUCUCAGCUUCUGCUACUGCAUGUACGCAUGGGAGAAACUCUGCAACGACUGGAUCCAACUUACCUGAGAAUGAGCUGUCGAACCUGUCUCAUAUACCAUCUCUUUGUGCGGUGCUUCUAGAAUGCAAUAGCUUAGAAUGAAAGUUCUGCAAUACAAACAUAUAUCUAGGAUAGAGAGAACUUGUUUCUUCAUCAGAGGCUUGGGAAUCUUCUGGAUUAUGAUACUCUUUCAGCUAAGAGUUUCUUUCCCUUUGCAGAAAUGUCAUUAACCAAGAUUUUCACUUCUUGUUGUACAUACUGUAAUUUGGAGAGACUGGCUUUGUGUCCCUCCUUAGGAAGAUGCUGCAACAAUUUAAUGGUGUCAGUUUCACAUUGUGCCCUGGAGAAAGCGUUAGAGAUGCUAAGCUGUCCUUUAGCAUUUGGUUGUAUAUCAUUCUGGACUCACAAUACUCUUAACACAAGUGAGUGAAGGUGUAAGGACUUCUGUCAAAUAUGAAUGCAAACCAUAACUGACUGUCAUUGUCAAGAGAUAUACUGAAAAACGCAUUAGCUAAAUCUACGACUGAUAACCAUUCACUAUUUGCUGGAACCUGGCUUAAUAUAGUGUAAGAAUUUGGCACGUCUGGAGCUCUCUGUUUUACUGCUUCAAUAACCGCUUUCAAAUCUUCUACAAAUCUCCAUUCAUCAGGUUGUGGGUUUUUUCUUGCUUUUCUCACUCAAAAUAUUGGAGUGCGCACUGGCGAAUCUGGGCAGGGAACAAUGACCCCUGCUUUUAGUAGUGAAUUAAACACUAGUCUAAUUCCUUCAAUAGUUUCUGAUUUAAGAGGGUAUUGCGAUUGUCUGCGCCUAAAGUCAGAUUUGGGCAUGAUCACGACUGGUGGUGCACUUCUAAUCAGGCCUAUGUCAUGUUUCCCUUGGGCCCACAGCCCGAGAAGCACCUUCUUCAGUUGUGGGUGUGUCUCUAGUACGGAUGUCACGAGAACCGAUACUUCGGUACCAAGUCGGUACCAACAUUCUUAAAACAUGACGGUACUUGUUUUUCUGCAGUAGCAUGGGUACCAGUUGUUAUGAAGGUACCGAGGUUGCAAUUCUUCCAGGCCUGAUGAGGACAGAGGGCAGGCUUUGAGAGGAAAGGUGGUAAAGAGUCAAAUAUGGAAAUACUUCGCAUUCGAGGUGGAUGACAACGAACAUAAAGUUGAUGCUAUGAAGCCGGUGUGCAACCGAUGCUAUCGUUAAUUUCAAACAAAGCCUGAAACACAGGUCCUAUAUUAUGCUUGUUUGAGGUCGCUGGCAUGGUCUGUCACCAGGACGAAGUGCCGAGCGGCCAGGUAGUAUUGUAGCUCUUGAUGGCCCACUUUAUCGCCAGGGCCUCUCUUUCCACGGCUUUCAUUUAUUUCCUUUCAGCGGGGGACAACUUCCGACUGAUAUAGAGGAGCGGGUGUUCCUCUCCGUCGAAGGUCUGUGAGAGAACUGUGCCCAGCCCGGUUUCGGAUGCAUCUGUGUACACGGUGAAUGGAAGGGUGAAGUCUGGGUUUCGUAGCACUGAGGCGCUGGUGAGGGCUUCUUUCAGGGCUUGGAAGGCUCUUUCCACUUCGGCUGACCACUUCAUCCGGUCCGGCUUGCCCUUUUUCGUGAGAUCUGAGGGGGGAGGCUACAGAGGAGAAUUUAGGUACAAAUCGGCAGUAGUACCCUGCCAACCCCAAAAAGGCAUGUACCUGUUUUUUUGAUGUAUGCCGGAAAUAGUCUUUUACUGCCUCAAUUUUCUGACUACGAUGGGGCUGGACCAGGGGCUGCUGGAUUCCUCGAUGAUAUUGUCCCGCAGCAUUCGGCCCAUCCCCUCCUUGAUAGCAUGGCGGCGGGCCUCUGGGACACGAUAGGGCCGCUAUCGCACCACCACUCCUGGCCGGGUCUUGAUCUUGUGGUGGACCAGCUGCAUCAUCCCUGGGGAGGUAGAGAACACAUCCGUGAAUUGACCCACCAACUCUGACAACUCCUGUCUUUGCCCGGGAGUGAGGUCGUCACCCAGCUGGACCAAGGACGCUGUGACUAAGGCUGAGGAGAAGAUUCAGAAGCUUGUGGUGUCCAAUACUCAGCUGGAGGAGAGAGUGAGGGAGCUGGAGGAACUGCUCUGUGAGGCAUGCAGAGAUGACAUGAAAAGCAAGGUCUCCCUGGCUGAAGCUGAGGAGAAACAUCAGACGGCUGUGGAGACCAUUGCUCAGCUGAAGUUGGAGAAGUCUAGCCUGAAAGACCAGGUGGAGACACGGCAAGGAACAGUGCAGUACAUGGGGAACCUGCUCCAUCCUGUUGAGGUGGAAAAGUCUGGCCUGAAAGAUCAGGUGGAGACACUACGAGGAACAGUGCAGGACAUGGGGAACCUGCUCCAUGCUGUUGAGGUGGAGAAGUCUGGCCUGAAAGACCAGGUGGAGACACUACGAGGAACAGUACAGGACAUGGGAAACCUGCUCCAUGCUGUUGAGGUGGAGAAGUCUGGCCUGAAAGACCAGGUGGAGACACUGCGAGGAACAGUGCAGGACAUGGAGAACAUGUUAUCUGAGACUCACACAGAGUGUGACAAGCUAAUGAAUGAGUGUGAGUGUGAGCGGGAGGAUCACAACAUCCUCAAGUACGAGUACGAGGAGAUGAAGGAGACUCUCAAUAACAAGGAGGAGUUACUGAAGGUCUCCCUGUCUGAAGCUGAGGAGAAACACCAGAUGGCUUUGGAGACCAUUGCUGAGCUCAAGGUGAAGAAGUCUGGCCUGAAAGACCAGGUGAAGACACUGCAAGGAAGAAUGGAGCUCACGGGGAACGUGCACAAUGAGACUUACCAGUGCGCUAUUCGUUUAAUGACUGAGAUUCAGGUGAAGGACGAUGAGAUGAAGCGUCUGAUAGACGCAGACAAGAUAGUGAAGGUCACCCUGCCUGAAGCUGAGGAGGAACAUCAGAAGGAUGUGGAGACCAUUGCUCAGCUGAAGGUGGAGAAGUCUGACCUGAAAGACCAGGUGGAGUCACUACAAGAAAGAGUGAGGUACACAGAGAACCUGCUCCGUUUUGUUGAGCUGGAGAAGUCUGACUUGACCAGUGAAAUGAAGAGACUGCAAAGAAGAGUGCAGACCGUGGUGAAACAUGUCUGUGAGACUGACUGGGAGAUAGGCACACGCGUAUAUCAGCUUCAGUUGAAGAACGAUGAGAUGAAUAAGCGUCUAAUAGACGCAGAGGAGUUACUGAAGGUAAACUUUCCUUCUCAUGAAACCAUGCUAUUGUACUGUUUGUGUGUGUGUGUGUGUGUGCUUGUUUCCUCACAUUUUGGGGACAUUUUGUCCUUUUUCCCUAAUACAUUUUAGACUAUUCUCAUGAGUAAUGAGUCGGUUUCUAAAAGUGUCUGAAAGUGUGUGUAGAAGUAAAUAAAGCCAAUAAGCCUUAAUUGUACUUUUUUAUUUCCUUGCAUUAAGCAGCUCCUUUAGUAAUAAUAUGAGGACUUUUCAUGUUUAUACUGCAGGAUGAGGUUCAUUAAACCAAAAUAAAAGUUGUAUUUUUAAGUUGCUAGUUUUUUUUUACUGAAUAGAAGUGACCCAUUGCAGAUGUAAAUAUUAAGCACUCAGCUUUGAACAUAUUUUCAGUCAUGUGUAUGUUUUCAUACAUUAAAUCAGUCUCUCUCUUUUUUUUUUUUUUUUUUUACAGAAACAUGGCAUACCUUCUGGAUACUCAUCAGAAUCAACAUGACGGGGUAUGAGGGUUGAAAAUAAGAAGAAAGCAACACAUGAUUUAAUGUGAAGUAACAAGUCAAGCUGGUCUUAAUUUUAAAAAGGGGAUACCUGAGGGGGAUUUCCUCCCCCAGUCCAAAGACAUGCGUUGUAGGCAGAUUGUCAUUUCCAAAUUGUCCAUAGUGUGUGAAUGUGGAUCGGCACCCCGUCCAGAGUGUUCCCUGCCUUGUGCCUGAGUGCCCUGGGAUAAGCUCCAGGCUCCCCACGACCCUGUGUAGAAAAAGCGGUACAGAAAAUCCGCCUCGCCGCGCGUUGACCCUGACUUCGCCGCCCUCAGGCUCGAGUUGCUGGCUUCACCAAGGAAGGACACUGCUGAUAUCUAUCAAGCUUGACCUGCAAGCCGUGAAAAUACAGCUGGUUACAGAUAAAGUUGCUACCGAUGCUACCAUAUCAACACUGAAAGGUACUGUUGGAGAAAUGGAGCACGCGCUCUCCAGUUGCACCGAUGACAUAGCUCAGAUGAAGACUACUAUUGAGUCUCUCACUGCGACCGUAACCAAGUUAGAGAAUAAAUUUGAGGACUUGGAGUCUAGGUCACGGCGCAAUAACAUUAGGAUAGUCGGAGUUCCAGAGGGCCCUGACACCUGUACAACUGCUGCUGUAGCGGCCUUGCUGAAGGAGGCGUUUGGUCCGGGGAAGGAGCCGGUUUUGGACCGGUCCCACCGGACUCUUCAGCCGAAGCCCAAGCCUGGUGAACGACCACAAGCUAUUGUGUGCACAUUCCACUAUCAAAGUGACUGUGUUGACAUUUUACACCAUGUGAAAGAGCUCCAACAGAUUAAAGUGAGAGAUUUGACCAUUUCAGUCUUCCUGGAACACACAGCCAAGAUAGCCCGGGCUUGGGCCGCGUUUAACGAGGUUAGGCGUCAACUUCGUGGCAUUGAGGGCGCUCGCUAUGGAAUACUUCACCCGGCUUGGCUUCGCAUUACUUAUAACGGUGUUCAGAAAGACUUCGUUUCAGCGGAGGAAACAGGGUCUAUGUAAAAUUCUUGACGUCUGAGUGAGCUGCACCACCUACAACAGCCUCAUCUUUUUUACACUCCUUAAAUCUACCUCUGUAAUAAUGUGGUUCUCUGUUUUGGUGCUCUGACUAGGUUAGAGUUUCGGUUUAAAUUAUGCUAGUAUUUUUUCCUCAGCCUUAUGUGCUACACUGUUACAUUAUCAGUAUUUCAUCUAAUUUGUAACAAGUCUUUGAAAGAUUAUAUUUGUUAUUGUGCGCAGUCUGUUUUUCAGUCUUGAAGUCAGUAGGGGCCUUUUCUCUUACUGAGACUUUUUUUUUUUGGUAAUAUUUUUUGGUUAGUUGUUUUCACAUUGUGGACAACUUUUGGUUACUGUGGGAAAGACUGCUGUCUCCUUUGUUCUUUUGUUAUAUGGAGUGGGUGUGUGUGUUUAGGGGAUUGUUGGGGGCAGGGGGUCCCACUUCGGCUCUAAUUGGCUAUUUGUAUCCCUGUGGUUUACUUUAUUUAAAUGGUUAAUAGUAAUAUUGAUCCCAGCACAGCUGGGACAGGCACUAAGAUUUAUUAGGUGGAACAUCAGCGAUAUGGGUAAUCCUGUCACGAGAUCUAAGGUUUUUACACAUUUGAAACGUUUAAACUCUGAUAUAGUAUUUUUUACAGGAGACUCACCUACGUAUUAAAGAUCAUCAUAGGUUACACUCCCCUUGGGUGAGCCAAGUCUUCCACUCGGACUUUAAUUCGAAGGCAAGAGGGGUCGCUAUUUUAAUAGGCAAAAGGUCACAGUUUUCAUCCACUAACAUUAUUGCUGAUGUGAAUGGGAGAUAUAUUAUAGUUGCUGGUACCCUAAUGCACAGACAGGUUUUGUUGGUAAAUGUAUAUGCUCCAAACUUUGAUGAUGUGGAAUUUGCUAAUAGAUUGUUGAUCAACCUCCCCUUUUUAAAUACUCACCUAUUGAUUUUUGGGGGGGAUUUAAACUGUGUUUUUGACCCAAACUUGUAUCAGUCUAAUCCCCGUACUCUGAUUCAAUCUGCUAUGUCUAAAACAUUUUCCGAUUUUAUGUGUCAGAAUGGUCUCGUUGAUCCACGGUGAUCCCAUAACCCCUCUCUUAAAAAGUUUUCUUUCUUCUCCCAGGUGCAUCAUUCCUCUUCGAAGAUUGAUUAUUUUUUAUAGACAGUACUCUUAAUUCUUGUGUAGUUUCUUCUGACUAUUUGGGUAAUGUAAUUUCUGACCAUGCGCCUCUACAAUUAGAUAUUCAACUUUCUAUUUAUAACUGUAGUCCACCACCUUGGAGAUUUAACUCUCUUCUUUUAGCAGACAGUGAAUUCCGUGAGUUCAUUUCAACUUCUAUUGAUGACUUUCUUUUCUUCAAUCAGAAUGACUCCACCUCUUAUUCAUUGUUAUGGGAGACACUUAAAUCCUAUAUCAGAUGCAGAUUAUUUCUUACUCCGCUCUCUCUAAUAAAAGGCUCACUGCUAGGCUUAAUGAACUCACAUCUGUGAUCAGUAACCUUGAUCAAAGAUAUGCAUUGAACCCUUCUCCAGAACUUCUUAAACAGCGUCUCGACUUACAAGCAGAAUUUAAUCUUAUUUCGACUAAAGAGGCAGAACGCUUGUUACGUACUCGUGGUUCAUACUAUGAACAUGGCGACAAGCCAAGUCAUUUACUGGCACAUCAUCUACGGCGACAAACCAUUUCCCAUCUCAUACCUAAUAUUAAAAACACUUAUAAUAUUGUCACUACAGAGCCCAUGGAAAUUUGGAAAUUAAUGCUACUUUUAAAUCAUUUUACUCUUCACUUUAUAAAUCUGAAUUUACUGCAGACAAUACUAAAGUGAAUGCAUUUCUUCAAAACCUUUGUAACCUUGUUAUUGAUCUAAUACUGCCAAGCAACUGGACUCCCCACUCUCUCUUGAGGAAAUUUUAAAUUCAGUUAAAACUAUGCAGUCUAACAAAGCCCCUGGCCUGGACGGGUUUCCAAUUGAAUUUUUUAAAACGUUUAUUGGAAAAUGAACACCACUGCUUUUGUGUGUGUUCAAUGAAUCCUUGGCAUGUGGGUCUUUGCCUCCAACUCUGACACAAGCCACUAAAGCUCUCCUUCUUAAGGAGGGUAAGGAUCCAACCUCCUGUGGUUCUUCUAGACCGCUGUCUCUGCUUAAUGCAGAUGUAAAGGUGUUGGCAAAAGUAAUUGCAUCUCGUUUAGAGAACGUGCUCCCUUAUAUUAUAUCUGAAGAGCAAAACGGUUUUUAUAAAAGGAUGUCAGCUGUUUUUCAAUACCCGUACACUCUUUAAUAUAAUUUAUUCAAAGCAUUCGGCUGAGCUUCCUGAGAUUGUAAUUUCUUUAGAUGCUGAAAAAGCAUUUGACAGGGUUGAGUGGGAGUAUUUGUUUGCAGUUUUGAGGAAAUUCGGAUUCGGGGAUAAAUUUAUUUCUUGGAUUCGCCUCCUUUACUCAUCCCCUAAAGCUAGGAUUCAUGCGGAUGAUAUUUAUUCUGAUUAUUCUGCUAUCGGACGAGGGUGUCAGCAAGGCUGUCCUUUAUCCCCUCUGCGUUUUGCGGUUGCUAUCGAGCCUCUGUCUAUCGUAUUAAGAUCUUCCCACCUGUUUAAAGGAAUAGUCCGAUACGGUGUAGGAUACAAAUUGUCGCUAUAUGCUGAUGAUUUGUUAUUGUAUGUAACCGAUCCUAUUGCCUCUAUGCCUGCUGUCUUAGGUGUUCCGGAAACCUUCAGUUUUGUCUCGGGUUAUAAGUUAAAUUUGGAGAAAAGCGACUGUUUCCUGUCAAUACUGCAGCAUUUUCUUUCCAACAGUCAGAUCCACCUUUUCGAUUUAGUCAGUCAGGGUUUAAAUACUUAGGUAUCAACGUGACACGUUCUUUAUCUAAUUUUGUAUCAGCUAAUUUCACUCCCCUUAUUUCAAAGGUUAAAUCCAAUGUUCAAAGUUGGGGUAACCUACCCAUUUCUCUAAUUGGCAGGAUCAGUGUUGUCAAAAUGAAUAUAUUACCGAAGUUUCUUUUAUUUAUUUCAGCAAGUUCCUCUUUUUCUGCCAAAACAGUUUUUCGAUUCAUUGGAUAAAAUAAUUUGUUCUUUUAUUUGGGGUGGGAAGCCACCAAGGGUCCGUAAAACUUUAUUGCAGAGAUGCAGAUUUAGUGGAGAACUUGCAUUACCCAAUUUUCAAUUCUGUUACUGGGCUGCGUACAUCCAUAAACUUUGCUACUGGGUUAAAUCUCCUGGAUCUUCUUGGUGUAAAUUGGAACUAUCAUCUUGCAGGGAAUCCUCUAUACCUGCUUUACUUUAUUCCUCUCUACCUACAAAACUCUCUCUAUAUAUUGAUAAUCAAGUUGUCCUUAACACACUUAAGAUUUGGUAUCAAUUUAGAUGGCGCUUUAAAUUUGUAGGUGCAUCCUCUUUGGGUUCUUUAAGCAACAACCACUUAUUUCCUCCAUCGCGUUUGGACUCCACAUUUUCAGUGUGGUAUGAAAAGGGCAUUAAACAAUUAAAAAAUCUGUAUGCUGAUGGUGUCUUUGAUAGCUUUGCCAAUCUGUCAUCUACUUAUGACCUCCCUGUGACGCAUCCGUUUCGUUAUUUUCAAAUUCGAAAUUUUGUUUCUAGAUUUUUCUUAAUUUCCCCGCUGCACCUCCUGAACAGGCUUGGGAAAGCUUGUUUUCAAACAAUCCACAUCAGAGAGGAAUGAUUUCUAAAAUUUAUGAUUUUAUUCUGGUGUUAAGUAGUCAGUCUAGAACCAAAAUGAAGAAUGCAUGGGAAAUGGAGUUAGGAGUACAAAUAAGUGAAGAAUGUUAUGAAGAGUGUUCAAAUAAGUGAACGUGCUAUAGGUAGGAUUCAGUCUACCAAUUCUUGUGCUCGUAUUGGACUUAUCCAGUUCAAAGUUUUACACAGAGUCCAUUUGUCUAAGUUGAGACUUUCUGUAAUAUAUCCAGAAGUAGAGGACAAGUGUGAUAAAUGCCAUGACGCUCCCUGUCAUCUCGGCCAUAUGUUUUUCUUUUGCCCUGGUCUCUAUGGUUUUUGGACUGGUUUCUUUACUAUCAUGUCCACUAUUUUCAGAGUAGAUUUCAAACCUUGCCCAUUGAUUGCUAUAUUUGGGAUUCCUGAUGCCUCAGUUCCAUUAAGCUCUGUACAAAAAGAUACAAUCGCUUUCACAUCCUUAAUAGCAAGAUGUUCCCUAUUAUUGCAUUGGAAGUCUGCUCAAUAUCCAUCCAUCUCCCAGUGGCUAAAGGAAGUGAUGUUUUUUUUUACAACUUGAGAAAAUAAAUUAUACG